AUGCGGCUCUUACAGAUGUGGAUGGUGGCCCUCCUGGCACAGGCAGAUGACAUCCCAUGCAGGCAGCGAGGGAAGUCGGAACCCCCACAGCUCCAAAAGGAUGGGGAUGUUAUCAUCGGAGGGAUCUUCUCUUUCCACAACACCUGGGUUGAGAGCGAACCCACAUUUUCUACUGAGCCAGAACAACUGCAGUGUGAGAGUUUAAGCUUCAGGGAAUUUCAAAAUGCUCAAACUAUGGUUUUUGCCAUUGAAGAAAUCAACAACAGCACUGACAUACUUCCUGGUGUAUCCAUGGGCUAUAAGAUUUAUGAUUCUUGUGGUUCCAUUGCACUUGCUAUCACAGCAGCAAUGUCUUUAAUUAAUGGGCAGGAAGGAUCUACUGGUGACACAAACUGCUCCAGUCCAGCAACAGUACGAGCCAUCAUAGCAGAAACCUCCUCAACACCAACUAUAGCAAUUUCAGCGUCCAUUGGACCUUUACACAUACCAGUGAUCAGCCACUUUGCUACGUGUGCAUGCCUCAGUGACAAAACCAAAUAUCCAUCAUUUCUUAGAACCAUUCCCAGCGAUUAUUACCAGAGCAGAGCCCUGGCUCAGCUGGUGAAGCACUUUGGCUGGACCUGGGUAGGAGCUUUAUGCAGUGACAAUGAUUAUGGGAACAAUGGGAUGGCUACCUUUGUGAGGGCUGCACAAGAGGAGGGAAUCUGUGUAGAGUACUCUGAGGCGUUCUUCAGAACUGAUCCCAGGGAGGAUAUUGUCAGAAUAGCUGAAAUCAUAAGGACAUCCAGCUCAAAGGUCAUUGUGGCUUUUGUUUCCUACUCUGACAUGGAGGUUUUGCUGAAGGAAUUGUCCCUGCAGAAUGUCACAGGACUGCAGUGGAUAGGCAGCGAAUCCUGGAUUUCAGACUCAAACAUCGCCACUGGUGAAUGGCAACAUAUUCUGAGAGGAUCACUGGGGUUUGCUAUCCCUAAAGCUAAAAUCCGGGGCCUGAAGGAAUUUUUGCUCAGUAUUCACCCAUCUGCAGGCAUACCCAUUUACAAUAAACUGUGGGAGACUAUAUUUGGAUGUAUGCUGCCCACGCCCGACAACAAAGAAAAUGCUAAUUUGUGCAGUGGCACAGAAAGUUUGAGUGCUGUAAAAAACCAGUACACUGAUGUCUCUGAACUGCAAAUUGCCAAUAAUGUCUACAAGGCAGUGUAUGCUGUAGCUCAUGCCCUGCAUGACAUGUAUGUUUGCAGUCAGCUCAAUGAUACAUGCAAGAAAGGGGCUGGAGACACUGAACCAUGGCAGGUUCUAAAUUAUAUGAAGGAAGUUCAUUUCUCUACUCUUCAUGGUGAAGAAGUUUUCUUUGAUGAGAAUGGAGACCCUGCAGCAAAGUAUGAGUUGCUGAACUGGCAGGAUGGUAAAGAGGGAAAGACUGAGUUUGUGACAGUGGGUGUCUAUGAUGCAUCUUUACCACUGCACCAUCAACUUUCACUGAACAAUUUCACCAUUGUUUGGGGGAAAAACCAGGAACAGGUGCCUGUGUCAGUGUGCAGUGAGAGCUGUCCCCCAGGCACUCGGAAAGCUGUGCAGAGAGGAAGGCCUGUCUGCUGCUAUGACUGUGUGCCCUGUUCCGAGGGAGAAAUCAGCAAUACAACUGAUUCGAUCAACUGCAUCCCAUGUCCAGAGGAAUUCUGGUCAAAUGAACAAAGGAAUCAAUGUAUCUUGAAGAUAACAGAAUUCCUGAAUUUUGAAGAAAUAAUGGGGAUAGUGUUGCUGAUAUUUUCAUUACUUGGUGCUACUUUAACUGUAGGUGUAGCACUAAUAUUCUUUAUGCACAAAGACACUCCCAUUGUGAAAGCAAACAACUCAGAGUUGAGCUUCCUGCUGCUCUUUUCAUUGAAACUGUGUUUCCUUUGCUCUCUUACCUUCAUUGGUCGGCCCUCUGAGUGGUCCUGUAUGCUACGCCACACUGCAUUUGGGAUCACCUUUGUCCUCUGCAUCUCUUGUGUUCUAGGGAAAACAAUAGUGGUAUUAAUGGCCUUCAGGGCUACACUUCCAGGCAGUAAUAUCAUGAAGUGGUUUGGGCCUCUGCAGCAGAGACUGAGUGUUCUUGCUUUCACUCUCAUACAGGUUCUUAUUUGUGUGCUUUGGUUAACAAUAUCCCCUCCUUUCCCCACCAAGAACAUGAAACACUUCAAAGAAAAGAUCAUUCUAGAAUGUGAUGUAGGAUCAGCAGUGGGAUUCUGGGCUGUGCUGGGUUAUAUUGGGCUCCUCUCUAUAUUGUGUUUUGUUUUAGCUUUUCUGGCUCGUAAGCUGCCUGAUAACUUCAAUGAAGCCAAAUUCAUCACAUUCAGCAUGCUCAUAUUCUGUGCAGUCUGGAUCACCUUUAUACCAGCUUAUGUCAGCUCACCUGGGAAGUUCACUGUAGCUGUGGAGAUCUUUGCUAUUUUAGCAUCCAGCUAUGGAAUGCUUUUCUGUAUUUUUGCUCCAAAAUGUUACAUUAUUUUGGUGACACCAGAGAAGAAUACAAAAAGGCACAUGAUGGGAAAGAUACCACUAAAAUAACUCUAAACCCAAAACAAUCAAUCCACCACAACUAUGAACCUAAUUAGAUUUACUGUGCACCCGCUAAAUGUAAUAAUCAUAUGAUCCUUAACAAUACCAAUCCAUACUAUUUGUACUAUCCUAAAUGGUACAUAAAUUACAUGUGAUUUACAUAGGAAACAAACCAUAUCUAAACGUUUCAGUGUCAGGUUACAUACAACUAUGACUGUAAGAGACCAUAAGGGAAAUCAGGGGGCUGUAGGAGGGUUCCACAACAACACAAUAACAACCAUCAGCAUAUAGCAAAUGUGAAAUGCAUACCCAUAGUGGUGCUACCGGAGUGCUUCAAAGUUUAAAAGGAAAAAAAAAAAUUAAAAAACAGUGUGUCACUAAUUAAUACUACAACAAAUUUAUCAUAGGUCCAAUCUACACCAAAAUAGCUCACAGGCAUCACAGCAUACCGUUCUGCAAAUGAUAGAUAAUGUUUUUUUGGUUAGAAAUUCUUGGAGUUCUGAAUGAAAAUGGAAAAAUGAAUACUGUUCUGCUAGGAGAAACAGUAAUAUCUAACUUCUGCAUUGUCCAAUCAUCAUGAAAAAACACUGACAGGAGAAGCACGUAUCUCUAAAUAACUGAGUCAAAUUUCAGAAUAAUAGCUUAACUCACAUUUUUUAAUUGACACAUUUUUUUUUUAAUUGAUCUGAAUGAUCUCCAUUGAAGUCAAUGUGAAAAGUCAACAUAUUUACAUGUCUUCCCUAACAAAACUCUCAUCGAGCUCCCCUGUAGCUAUACUAAGCAAAAGAAACUGUUCCAUCAUGGGACCAAUUUGUUUACUAACUUUACACGUGCUAUCGUUCUGCAACAUUACAAGUUAAAUGUACGUAGUCUAUGUACUUUCCUGCGACGGCAAGCAAAGCACAGCUUUCCACCUCCAGCAUGGAUGGAAGACAAGCACGAAACAGUCCAGACCCAUGGCGCAUGCAUCCGAUUAAACGUCCCUCUCGGAUCGUCGUGACCACAAUUUGCCAUGCAUAGCCCACGGCGGCAGUUCUUGCGUGCCGUGGGAAAAACCAGGACAGAGCCCGGGUUUUUCUACAAACAGUGCAACUGAGAUCCAAAGCACGGAACCAUCUGCGCUCCCGCAAUAAGACUGUCAAACAUCAAGGCAUUAACUAGCUUAGGAAACUGCUGUUUGUUCUUGGUUUUCAAAAAAAUUGUAGGUAAUGUUGUGUUCAGAUUAUAUCAUGUUGCUUGUUUGUUAGCUACAGCCGCCAAGCCCACACAGCUAACAUAUAUACUCUAUUACCAACAGUACCUUACAACCCACCUUCCUUUAAAUCGAGAUCUGUGCAUGUGUUCUCCCUUGCACUAAUAUAUACUCAGUUGAUAUUUGGUCUUGUAUAUUUACAAUGCAACGGUACACUGAGAUUAGCUAGAUGUAGCUAACUUCGGUAGCCACUAGUAUUCCAUUCCCCUGAUCUCCAGCCAUAUUUCACACCACAUGCUAAAAGUGGAUUCAUAAUUCACUCCAAAAAAAGAGCCAUUGUUCUCUCAGGCACCACAUGUGCUGGUUAACACAGACGUGACUAGACACACACAUGCAACAUGCUACCCCCUUUCAUAUCCUCUCUUAUUUAGCCUUUAAUGAUUAU